GUUGCCUCACAGAAUUUCACUUGGGUUGACAUUUUGUUCAUCAGGAUGUCGACGCGAGGGAGGUCACCUUCGCCUCGUGGCCGCAGCAGUUCUGAUGUUGAAAUGCGCAAUGCAUCGCAUUCACCAGAACCUAGGGGGAAAUUUGGGUCCAGGGUAGUCGUUGUCUCCAACCUGACGAAGAAUGUGUUGGCGACGCAUCUGAAAAGCAUAUUUGGAUUCUACGGUGACAUACGCAAAGUCGAUUUACCUACAUACAAAAAAACGGGUCAAAACCGGGGCAAAGCUGCCCUUGAAUUCGUCGAGUCCGCCGCGGCGGAGAAGGCUGCUUCACAUAUGGAUGGUGGCCAGAUCGAUGGCGCUACCGUAGAAGUCCAGCUCUCUGAUCUCCCUCUUCCACCAUCUCGCUCACCUUCUAGGUCCAGAUCACCAAUCCGCAGAAGGCCGAGAAGAUCAUUCUCACCAAGAAACGUUCGCCGCAGUGCGAGGUCUUAUUCUCGCUCUCGCUCUCGUUCUCGCUCACAUUCGCCUCCUCGACGAGGAUAUGGAUAUCGCACUACUGAAUCAUACAGAGGUCGUCCGCGAGGCGGCAUGGCGCCCCGCGCUUACGGCGAUCGUCGUGGUGGAGGCUAUCGUCGCUCCUCCCGCUCUCGGAGCCCUCUACCCCGUCGGACAUACCCACGAAGACGUUCUCCGAGUUACGAGAGAGGCGGACGUAGACGAUCUUAUACUCCUCGUUCUCUCUCUCGUUCCCGUUCUUUUUCUCGUUCUCGUUCUCGGUCAUAUUCCCGAAGACGCUCAUUUUCUCGCUCUCGCUCACCACGAUCUAGGUCGCCUUCGCGCCGAAGUUACUCUUACUCCCGCAGUCGCAGCCGGAGCAGAAGCCGCACUCCUAGUCAUUCUAGAUCUAUGUCCCGUUCACGGUCACGUUCGAUGUCGCGUUCUCCUUCACGGAGUAUAACUCGAAGUAAGAGUCGAUCGCGUAGCCCAAAUAUGUCAAUUAGUAGUAACGGUGGCCGUCGAUAAGCACCUGAGUCCCGACCCUCGCUUGGGGCCAAAACUUUUCAAACCUAUUCUAUUUGUUCUUGAUGUAUGCAUUCAAUUACGUCUUCGUAAACAACUCAUGAGCUGGCCAGCGCGGCAAAUGCUCCGAUAUGAAAUAGUAAAAAUGCAUUUGGGG